AUGGCAAUCUUUAUAUACUACUACUACUUUCUUCUUGUCUUAUUCGUCCCUCAUGAAGCAAAUUCAAUCAGUUUCAAUUUUAGCAAUAUCAGUCCACAAAAUCUAAACAACGAUAUAGUUACCACGGAUUAUGCUUCUAUCUCUAACGAUGGAAUGCAAUUGAUUCCUGAUCAAGGGAUACGAGCAGGUCGGGGGAUGUACAACAGAUUGGUUCAUAUAUGGGACAACACCUCUCGUGAGCUAUCCAGCUUUUCUUCCAACUUCUCGUUCGUGAUUAAGUCGGAUAUGAAGGAGUCGUUCUUUAAUGCUUAUGGCUUCACAUUCUUUCUUGCUGAGAAUAAUUCAGUGGCAGGAAUCGAGGGAGCCAUGGGUCUUCCGUUUAAUACGUCAACCCAGAGAAGUUUACAUAAAUUUGUAGCAGUGGAGUUUGAUACUCACCAGGACGAAAAAUGGGAUCCUGCAGAGCUUUCCCGAAAUGAUUAUCAUGCAGGCAUCAAUGUUAACUCUCUUAAUUCUUCCGUGUUUAAGAAAUGGUCCAUCAACAUACCAGAAGGAGCACACUGUCAAGCUAGCGUAACGUAUGAUUCUGUGUCGAAAAACCUUAGUGCUUCCAUCACUGACGAUGUAAAUGGUGUAAUUGACCUUAGUUACAUCGUUGACCUAAGGGAUGUGUUGCCAGAAUGGGUUAUUUUUGGGUUUUCAGCAUCUACUGCAAGUUAUUUAAGGAACGUUACAAUAAAAUCAUGGAGUUUUAAUAGUUUAAUUAAUCUACAGGUUGAUGAGCAAACGGCACAACCACCAACCACAAACCAGAAUCCUGUAAAGGGUAGCAAAAAGUCAGGUAAUAAAGUGGGAUUAAUAGCUGGUUUAGUUGUUGUACUUUUUGUUUCGGCUAUCGUUGUUUUUUAUUACAUAUGGAGGAGGAUCAAACACAAAAGACCUGAAGUGAGAAAUCAUAAGAAGUUGACCAAAGAAUUCAAACAGGGGACUGGACCAAAAGAAUUUUCUUAUAGCGAAAUUCUUCAGGCAACAACUCAUUUUGCAGAGACGAAUAAGCUUGGGGAGGGAGGUUUUGGAGGGGUUUAUAAAGGUUUUUUGAAAGAUCCAAAAACAUAUAUCGCGGUCAAAAGGGUGUCCAAGACUUCUCAACAGGGGAUCAGGGAGUAUACUGCGGAAGUUGAAAUAAUUAGUCAAUUGAGGCACAAAAAUCUGGUGGAGCUCAAGGGCUGGUGCCAUGAGAAAAGCGAGCUCCUGCUUAUUUACGAGUUUAUGGAAAAUGGGAGCUUAGAUUUACAUCUCUUUAAGCAAAAAAGCUGGUUGACUUGGGAAAAGAGGAAAAAAAUUGUACAUGGCCUAGCCUCCGCUUUGUUUUAUCUUCAUGAAGGAUGCAAGAAAUGUAAUUUGCACAGGGAUAUUAAAUCCAGCAAUGUCAUGUUGGACUCAAAUUUCGAUGCAAAACUUGGUGAUUUUGGGCUAGCUAAGUUGGUUGACCAUGAAAAAGGCUCCCAGGCAACCAUAGUUGCUGGUACUCAUGGUUACAUGGCUCCUGAAUAUGCGUCUACUGGCACACCAAGCAAAGAAUCCGAUGUAUAUAGCUUUGGAGUUGUUGCACUUGAAAUAGCUUGUGGUCGAAAACCCUUUGAGUACAAGGCUGAUGAGGAAAGACCAGUGAUAUUAGUAGAAUGGGUGAGGGAUCUCUACGAGACUGGGAAUAUUCUGAGAGCAGUUGAUCCGUCUAUUGGGUCAUACAACAAGGAACAAAUUGAGCGGUUGAUGAUCGUUGGGUUAUGGUGUGCACACCCUCUCGCAGACCAGUGGCUAUCAAUGGAGCAAGCCAUUCAAAUAUUGAACCAUGAUGAUGCUCCCCUGCCUAAACUCCCAUCAAAGAUGCCGAAAAUCACUUCAUCCGCUCCACCAAAUCCUCACGAUCCUGAGUUUUUUUCUAUUCCAUAAAUUCAUUAGCAAUUAACUUCUCCUGCUGCAUUCCCCACUAAAUCAUAAUUUCUUCUUCAAGUACUGGUUCUAUCUUGCUUCCCUCAAAGCUCACUACGUCGAUAAUUAGCAACUUCUCUCCAGCUUCGUUU